AUGGCGACAAACAACAUUGUGGUUCUGGGGGCCGGUGUGUCUGGCUUGACAACCGCAUAUUUACUCUCGCAAGACCCUGCCAAUAAGGUCACGGUGCUGGCAAAGCACAUGCCUGGAGAUUAUGACAUUGAAUACGCAUCUCCAUGGGCGGGUGCCAAUUACAUGCCUAUGGGAAAAGCCGGAAGUAACCACGAAGCGUGGGAGCGCGCUACCUGGCCCGCAUUGAAAGCAAUCACGGAGAAGUACCCAGAGGCUGGUAUCCAUUUUCGAAAGGCCUUUAUCUACAACCGCAAGAAAGACCCCCAGGAAGAUAUUGCUGCCUUCUUUACGGACUUGGUUGAGCCAAAUCCGUGGUACAAGGAUGUCGUGCCGGAUUUCAAACCAAUUCCCUCUGAUCAGCUAGGACCUGACAUGGACAAUGCUCAAGAAUUCACCUCUGUCUGCAUCAACCCACCCGUCUACUUGGCUUGGCUAGUAGGCCAAUCUGUGAAGAACGGCGCGGUGUUCAAGCGGGCUAAUCUCAAGCACAUUACGGAUGCAGCCAAUGCCCACCACACAGGCAAGAAAGCUGAUGUCGUUAUUAAUUGCACUGGUCUAUCAUCCAAGUUCCUUGGCGGAGUCCUCGACGAGAAGAUGUAUCCAGCUCGUGGCCAGGUCGUCGUCGUUCGCAACGAUCCAGGACCAAUGAUGGCGGUAUCUAAGACUGAUGAUGCACCUGAUGAAGCUCUGUAUAUCAUGACGCGAGCCGUCGGUGGCGGUACUAUCCUCGGUGGAUCUUAUCAAAAAAACAACUGGGACGCAACACCAGAUUUGAGCCUUGCUAAUCGCAUCAUGGCCCGUGCUAUUGAGAUUGCCCCAAACCUCGUUGAGAAGGGCCAAGGAGUCAAGGGAUUGGAUAUUAUUCGACAUGGUGUUGGCCUGCGUCCUCUAAGAGAAGGUGGUCCUCGUAUUGAAAAAGAGAAGAUUAACGGCGUCUCCGUUGUUCACAACUACGGUCAUGGUGGCUUUGGCUAUCAGGCUUCAUUUGGCUGUGCAGAUACCGCUGUGUCUUUGGUCAAGGAGGUCUUGCAGGAGAAGUCUCGGGCUAAGCUGUAG